UUGAUGCCAAAAAUAUUUUUCCACACUUCUUUCUAUGAGAUGGAAUGGCUAUUUCAAAAAACAGAUUUAAGAUUUAAUUCCAUUAACACCUGCGUUGAAUGUCAUGUUAAUUGACAUACGGGACCGAUACAGAAAGCAAGAAUGCACACUGAUACUAAUUCAGAUGAUGGUGACCUUUAUAGUAGAACUGAUUAUACAACAGACAAGGAACGCCAUUGUCGUCAAGGGGCUUCUGAAGAAAAAGUCCAAUUCAGACAUGGAGCAGAUGGUGUGUAUAGUUCAGCCAUGACAGAUCUAUCAACAGUCAGCGUGUCUUCUAAAAAUGUCACCCAGAAAGACUUCACUCUCCAAUCAGAUAUGAACACUGAGAUGUCAUCAUGUCAUCUGAAUGAUGAGAAAACCUUUGCAAAAAUUAAUACAGAAAAUUCAUUUGAUCAUUAUGAAUGUGAUAAAGAGACUGAAACUGGGGAAGAGGUGGAUUAUACACAUUUAGUAUCUGUUGUAGAAAAUGACAUAAAAAAUAUAAGUAAUAGGAUUAGCACUGCUGUGAUUGACUUCAGUUUCUCUUGUCAAGAAAAGGGAGAAGAAAAUGGAUCGCACUGUAAUCAUUUUGAUUUUGUCCCAAAUGAGAUUAUUCUGAAAAUAUUUUCCUAUUUUGACCCCUUGGAUUUAUGUAAACAGAUUUCACUUGUUAGUAAGCGAUGGCGAAAGCUUGCGUACGAUGUUAGUUUGUGGACUUUACUUGACUUGAAUUGGAAUCCACAUUUAUCAUCAGUCAAUUUGUGCUGGAUCAUCAAACGACUUGGAUGUAUUCGAAAACUUUGCCUUCAAAGCCGACAGAUGCUGAGUGUUUCAGAAGUGUCUGUGUUUACAGAGUUCUGUCCCUUGCUAACAGAUGUUGACCUGGGUUUUUGCAGUACUUGUUCUGCUGAUAUUCUUGAGUAUUUUGUCCUCAAUUGUGAAAACCUGGAAAGAAUCAAUGUUGAAGGCUGUCACAUGGUAGCUGAUGAAUGCUGUGAAGUACUGGCAAAGGCCAAAAGAUUGAAACAUUUGAAUUUUUCCCACUGUAUUAUAACAGAUGCUGGCUUGUGUCACUUAGCUAGGAAUUUGUCACAAAUUGUCUCCCUCAAUAUUGAUGGAAUCGGAUGGAUAAAUGAUAAGAGUAUGAUAACUUUGGUAGAGCAUCACCAUGAAAACUUGAAAUGGCUGGACAUUGAUGGUGCUGAGUUGACUGAUCGGUCCAUUGAAGCCGUAGCAGGUUGUUCUGGAUUAGAGAGACUAACGGUGUCCUUCUGUGAACUACUGACUGAUACCUCGCUUCGAGAAGUAUCGAAAAUGACUAAGCUAAACUGCUUGUCUCUGAGGAAAGGUACAGAGCUGACCAAUGCAGGAGUGGUUGAGCUGUUCUCCACAGAUGCCAUGUCAAAUCUGACCUGCCUAGACCUAUCUGAUUGUGGAGACCUAAAAGAUUCAGCUGUGCUACAAAUCCUCAAAUGCUGUGGUAGGAAUCUACGACAGCUUAGAUUGUGCUGGUGCUGCAGUCUACAGGAGGAAUCCGUCACCGCCAUUGUAGAUACCUGCAGCUCAUUGGAAACUUUGGAUUUGGUUGGGCUACACAAGAUUUUUGGAAAAUGUUUCGAUAGAAUACCCAAAUGUAUGCCCAAACUAACAUUACUCGACCUUCGGCAGUGUAACAAGAUCAAUGAUAAUUUGAUUAGAGAAAUGCUGUGUAAGAAAUCCGACCUAAAAGCCUUUGACUACUACGGAGAAGACUUUCGAAUCCAGCUACAGUCCUAGUUCAACAUUUUGGACUUGGAGAUAAAUUAACACCUGAGUCAAAGUGUUCUUUGUGCUGCCAUUUUGACCCCUGUUUAUGUCAAAGCUUUCUACUUUACUUUAUAAAUCUUGUUACCUAAAUUGCUUCAUGAAAGGGGUGUGCAUUGCAGGUGAAACAUACAUCCUGGUGUCAGUUUCUGUGUUUGCUGUACAAACUUAAGUUAUGACUUUUUUUACAAUAUGUGUGUAGCUUACAAAGUGGCUUGUAACUACAUGUAUGUGCUUGUCAGUCAAAGUGAAGAUUAAAUAGAUCAGCAUUAUAUAGAGACCUAUUUACUGAAAGAUAAAAAUGUAAUUUAUCAUGGUGGCCAUGUUGCAUGGUUGGAGUAAUAUUCUUUGUGAUAUAUUUAUUGUUUAUAACUUAUCUGUGAAUGAGACCAGUUAAAUAACAGGUCUGGUGCAUCUAUAUUGUAGGUACUAAAAAUAGUGUCAUUUUUUUGUUGAACAGAGACAUCAUUUUUUAGAAAUAAAAAACCUUCAUAUUUUUUCAUAUAUACUCUUAAUGCGAUCUCUUUUUGUCCGGCAUUGUGCAUUGUAAACUUUUAACAUUUUCGACUUCUUGUGGCAAACUCCUGAGGGUCAAAUUUAUUGAAACUUAAAAAAUCUUCUCAUAUCCCAGGUAUGAUAAAAUCAAGUACUCAUCAUGGAUAGAAAGGCCUUCAGAUGCUUUACCAAAAUUGUAAAUUUCAUCACCCUAGGGUCUCACAUUUGUAUU